AUGCCAGUGAAGAAGAAGAUAAAAGAAGAAGAAUUUGAUGAUUUCCUACAAGAGUAUUUGCUCAGCACAGACAUGGAUGAAAAUCCUGGACUGGGACAUGGCUUUAAGACACAGGCAACACAUCUGAUGAUCCAUACUGGAGAAAAGCCAUAUCAGUGUUCAGAUUGUGGAAAGAGUUUUACUAAGGCAAGUCAUCUCAAGAUACAUCAGAUGAUCCAUACUGGAGAAAAGCCAUAUCAGUGUUCAGAUUGUGGAAAGACUUUUGCUCAUGCAGCUACUCUCAAGAAACAUGUGAUGAUCCAUACUGGAGAAAAGCCAUAUCAUUGUUCAGAUUGUGGAAAGACUUUUGCUCAGACAGGUUAUCUCAAGAAACAUCAAAGAACACAUUCUGGAGUGAAGCCAUAUCAUUGUUCAGAUUGUGGAAAGAGUUUUAUUAAGGCAGGCGAUCUGAAGACACACCAGAGGGUCCAUACUGGGGAGAAGCCAUAUCAUUGUUCAGAUUGUGGAAAGACUUUUCCUCAGGCACGUACUCUGAAGAGACAUCAGAUGAUCCAUACUGGAGAAAAGCCAUAUCAGUGUGCUACAUGUGGAAAGGGUUUCAAAACCAGUGGAGAGCGUACUGUCCAUCAGAGAACACAUUCUAAAGUAAAGCCAUAUGAGUGCUCAGAUUGUGGAAAGACUUUUUCUUAUGUGAGUAAUCUGAAGACACACCAGAGGAUUCAUACCGGACAAAAGCAAUAUCAGUGUUCAGAUUGUGGAAAGACUUUUACUCAGGCAGCUCAUCUGAAGACACACCAGAGGAUCCAUACUGGAGAAAAGCCAUAUCAGUGUGCUACAUGUGGAAAGGGUUUCAAAACCAGUACAGAACUUACUGUCCAUCAGAGAACACAUACUGGAGAAAAGCCAUAUAUCUGUUCAGAGUGUGGAAAGACUUAUACAUGUUUAUCUAACCUGAAGUCACACCAGAAAACCCAUGCUCGGUAA